AUGGAGCCAGAAAACUGAACAGCAGUCUCAGAAUUCCUCCUCCUGGGACUCUCGGAAAAGUCAAAGCAUCAGAUCUUCCUCUGGGCUGUUCCUCUCACGUACCUGGUCACCAUCUUUGGAAACCUGCUCACCAUCCUGGCCAGCAUCACAGACACCCACCUCCACACACCCAUGCACUUCUUCCUCUCCAACCUGUCCCUGGUCGACGUCUUCUUGUCUUCCACCACCGUCCCCAAGAUGCUGGUGAAUCUCUGGACUCAGAGCCAAGCCAUCCCCUUUGCAGGCUGCCUCACCCAGAUGUAUGCCUUCCACCUGUUCGGGACCAUAGACAGCUUCCUCCUGGCCGUGAUGGUCAUUGAUAGGUUCACGGCCAUUGUCCACCCUCUGUGCUACUUGGCCAUCAUGAGCCCCCGUGUGUGGGGGCUGCUGGUGGGGGGUCCGUGACUGAUCACCAACCUCCGGUCCCUUGUGCACACCUGCCUCAUGGCUCAACUGACCUUCUGUGCCGGCUCUGAAAUCCCCCACUUCUUCUGCGACCUCAUACCCCUGCCGAAGCUCUCCGGCUCAGACACACACACCAACGAGCCGGUGAUCUUUCCUUUCGGCAUCAUCUUGGGCAUCAGCUCCCUCACGUGCAUCCUCUUCUCUUAUACUUCCAUUUUCCAGGCAGUCUUCAAGAUCCUUUCUGCUCAGGUCAAAUGGAAAGCCUUCUCCACUUGCAGCUCACACCUCACCGUGGUGUCACUAUACUAUGGCACCAUCUUCGCUGUGUACCUGCAGCCCGCAUCUCGCUCCUCCCAGAAGGACAAGGCGGCUGCCCUGAUGUGUGGGGUGGUCAUCCCCAUGCUGAACCCCUUUAUCUACAGCCUAAGGAACAAGGACAUGAAGGCAGCCCUAAGGAAGCUGGUCGGCAAAGUAGCCCCCUCUAGUCCUAGGGCAGAAUAGUUGUUCGGCACCUACCAUGUUCCAGGACCACUGUUCAGUGCCUGAGACACAGGGAUACAUCCCAUCUGCCCUCAAGGCAUUCAGAGUCUGGUGGGGGUUAGAGACCUGUCAAUAAAUAAUCACAGAGCAACUUGGUAA